AUGUACGCCUUUGCGGGUGUUUUCGUCCUCUUGUGUGCCUGGGUCGAUGCGCAGGCGUUCCUCGCUGAGGAGGAUGGCACGGUGUUGUCAGUCGGGGUUCCAGAUACCCUCUCAACUGCGUGCCAAACAGCACUUAAUCAGACCACUCAAUGCAACUCGACUCUGAGUUUUGUGGCCUUUGACGGCCUCUUCCCCUCUAGCGAUGUCCUCGCAGCCAUCUGCACCGACAGCUGCAAGGAGUCCCUGCAGAGCUUCCGGUCUCAGGAAGUGGAAGCAUGCGGCGACGAGUACUAUCAUGUCGAUGGAAAGCUCGUACCUGCUAGCUACAGCGUGGACCAGUUGCUGUUUACAUACACGUAUACAUGUCUACAGGAUGGAACCACGAAUGUUUACUGCGCACCACUCAUCGACGAAUGGUCGCAGGCCGGGCCAACCGCCGAGCAGUCCUGCUCCGAGUGCAUGUUGAAGACCUUCCAGGUGGAGCUGAACUCACCAUUCGGCUAUGACGAUGAGUUCGCCAGUUACUACAGAUCUCUCACGUCGAGCUGCGGUGUCUCGGACUAUCCUAUCACUUUACCACCUUCGUACACCGUGACGGCUACUUCGUCCACUUCUACUACCACGUCCGUGACCCCGUCCAUCAGCUGCGCUUCAAAAUAUGCUGUCAAAAAAGGCGACGAUUGUAGCAGUGUCAGCCAAGCACAACAGGUUUCUGAGGCAAUGCUCCGCUACAACAAUGAAAUCGCGGCUGAUUGCUCUAAUUUCCCUGAUGUGGGCACCUCGCUCUGUCUUCCUGCCACUUGCGAUGUGUACACCCUACAGGCGAACCAGACCUGCUAUGAUAUCGCUCUGGCCUAUAAUUCGACUUUCACUGUGACGCAGUUGAUCUCGUGGAAUCCAGAUAUCAAUCGAGACUGCAGCAACCUGGAGGUAAUGGUCGGGACUCAUCUCUGUGUGAGCGCCCCAGGUGAUACAGGGGAAUCCAGCGUGACGAUGACACCGACGUCAACCAUUGCAACACCCAUAGCUGCGCCAACAAAUGUCGCGAAUGGGACAAACACCCGUUGUGCCAAGUACUACGAAGCCGUGCCGGGGGAUACCUGCAGCUCCAUAACUGUGAAGAUGGCCAUCAGCGUGGCCGAUUUCUAUUUCCUAAACCCCGAGAUCAACAGCACCAGUUGCAGCAAUCUCCUGGCCGGCUCCUCCUACUGUGUCCAGGCCGUGGGCGAUAUUGCGACCUAUUCGGGAUACGGAGGAUAUAGCAACCCGUGCGUAACGUUGGUUCCUCUCCCAUCCAGCUGCAUAGCAACCGCAGUGACGACCACCGACUCUGGCUGGACGUUUCCCACCUACACGACCAAUACCACCCAGCCGACCCCCUUACCACUGGCUGCGGGGACCUGGUCCAACUGCUCGACUUACACGCAGUACAUUGCGCCGGUGCGGAAUGCCUCGACGAUCAACUCUUGCUACGUCGUGGCUAGCAUGUAUGAUGUGGACGUGACAGACUUUGUCUCCUCGAAUCCCUCCCUCUCUUAUGACCAGGACGCGGAUGAUCCCAACGACUGCCAACUCAAACCGGGGUAUCAGUACUGUCUCCAGUUGUCUAAACCCACGACCACACCCACCACAACGACGACGACAACAGCAACCAGCACGACAAGUAGUGGGCAGUCCACGAGCACGGGAUCAAAUGGCCAGCCAACCCCGUUGCCAAUUCAGGACGGAAUGACUACCAGCUGUGGCGCUUUCUAUCUCGUCAAAACCGAUGACAGUUGCUACGACAUCGCAGCGUCGAACAAUAUCGCCAUAGACAAGUUAUAUACCUGGAAUCCGGCACUAAACGGAGACUGCACCGGCUUAUAUCCGAAUUAUUACAUUUGCGUAGGGUCGAUCGGUAGCACAACUGCCACCACAACGACGACAACCACAUCCGGGGGAGUUUCAACACCAACUCCCACCCAAUCCGGAAUGAUAAGCGGUUGCAAAUCAUUCUACUUCGUUCAAAGCGGGGACAGCUGCUACGAUAUCGCGGCUGAUAACGGGAUCGCCCUGGACACGUUGUACCUUUGGAAUCCAGCGCUCAAUGGAGAUUGUAGUGGGUUGUGGCCGGAUUAUUAUAUUUGUGUAGGGUUGUGAAAGUUCUAUAUAUAUGUACCUCUACGUACUUGAUUUUUGUGGCAGAAAUGGGCUUGGCAAAGAGCUGAUUAAUACGCCGAGUUUAUAACUAUGAUUAU